AUGGCAAGACAAGUGCAAAGAAUUCGAACAGCUCUGGAUGGCACCGAUAACUGGGACCAAAGGAUCUGCAAAAUGUUUUUCUCAGGAAACUGCGAAGCUGGAUCAUCUUGCCCUCUGAAGCACACAUUCCCGAUCCGUGAAGUAGUUUGCAGGUAUCUUCUCAUGAGCAAUACAUGCUCUAAAGGCUCACUCUGUCCUUUUCUCCACGAAAUAAUUGAAGACAAGAUCCCUGAGUGCAGAAAAUUUAUGUCUGAAGGUGCCUGCAACAUCCCAACCUGCAAAUUCAAGCACAGUUCUGAUAAGAGAGAACAAAAGGAAUGCACAUGAUAUAACAUGGGCUUCUGUGAAAAUGGAAAAAAGUGCAAAUACAAGCAUGCGAAAAAAGAACUGUGUAUUCCGUUUAUAGAAACUGGAAAAUGCACCUUAGGGGAGACUUGUCCAAAAGCGCAUAUUGAAAGUGUAGACGAGGCGUUUCUAGAGGAAGCUUAUUACAAAUUUCAUCCUAAUGCAGCAGUGGUGAGCUAUUCCCAGUUUUUUGAGUACUGUUUCCGAUGCAAUUGUUUUGGACACUUGCCAGUUCAGUGUCCGUCCCCUGAUGAUUCGAAAACAAAAGAUAUCAGAUGCUUCCGCUGUUGUGCGUUUGGGCAUAAGUCGAACAACUGUUUAUACUCAUAA